ACUUCUUCUUCUGGCUAUUAGUUUUAUUAGUCUGCAAAGGAACGUCCGCCUCCAUGGCUCGGCCGGCCGUCGCCGGCGAUGGCGGUGGUGAAGAUCACCGGACAAAUCCUCAAGCGCCGACGUUAAAGCAAUAACAGCUGACAGUUCACGUAAACUCUCCUAUCAUUAAUGCAGCCAUGCCUCAUAAAUGACCAAUCACCCCAGUUCUGGUCGUCCACCCUCCCAUAUCACCGUCCACUCUUUCUUAAUCAACGGCCAUGAUCUCUCCGUCACUCCUUUGCUCAUUAAUCUUCCUUUUAGUAGUGCAGGCGGCGGCAGUUGCGGUGGACCGCCUCCUCUCCGAGGAAGACCUCACCGGCCUUUACAGCCUCCGCGCCUCGCUCGGCAUCCGGUCCAGAGCCUGGCCGCGGAAGACCGACCCGUGCUCAAACUGGACCGGGGUGGCGUGCCGGUCUGGGCGCGUCGUCGAGCUCAACCUGACCGGUCUCCAUCGCACCCGGCUCGGUCGGCUCAACCCUCGCUUCGCCAUCGAUGGCGUUCGCAACCUCACCGCCCUUGAGCGGUUCGUAGGGGCUGGCUUCCAACUUCCAGGGCCGAUCCCGGAUUGGCUUGGCUCCGGCUUCUCGCCCUCGUUCUCUGUUCUCGUCCUCAACUCUGCCGCCGUCUCCGGCUACAUUCCCUACUCCCUAGGCGGCGCUACUGGCCUCCGCGUGAUCUCUCUUUCUGCUAACUCCAUUACUGGUAACAUCCCACCAACUCUUGGAGACAUCGCCAAGCUUUCCUCCCUCGAUCUCUCCGGCAACUUGCUCUCUAGCUCGAUCCCUCCGGAGCUUGCAGCUCUGCGGAAUCUCUCCUUUCUUAACCUCUCCUCCAACCUCCUCUCCGGCACCAUUCCUCCAUCGUUCGGAAUGCUCUCCGAAUUGAAAAUUCUGGCUCUCGCAGGAAACAGCUUAGAAGGCGCCGUUCCAUCGCAGCUUGGCAAACUUUCAAAGCUGGAGUCGCUUGAUCUCAGCUCGAACACUCUCGCUGGGGUUCUGCCUGAGGCGUUUUUCUCGGGAGCUUCUAAUCUCCGCUCGGUCAAUCUUAGUCGUAACUACUUCAUUGGGGUGCUCCCGAAUUCCACAUGGUUGCUUUCCGAGCUGGAAUUGUUCGAUGUGUCAUCCAAUAAUCUCACUGGUGUUUUUCCAGAGUUGGUCCCGGCGAAUAUGACUGCGACUGGAGAAGUGUUUAAUAUAUCAUCCAAUCUUUACUAUGGAUUACUUUCAUCUGGGAUGUGGUUGUUUCUCCAUAGGUUUAGGGCUGUUGAUCUCUCAAACAACUACCUGGAGGGUUCAGAGCCAUUUGACAUCAAGAGGAGGAAUGCUCUUUUGGGAUCGAAUUGCUUCCAUGAUUCAAUGAACCAGAGAAGCUUAGCUGUGUGUGAAAAUUUCUACAAAGAGAGGGCUAGGCCAUUUGAAGGCUCUGUGCCUCCUGAUCCAUCUAAAGGCGUUCCAAAAUCUGAUACGAAGAGUAGUCACAAAUGGAGGUACAUUCUGGCUGGAGUUUUGGGGGGCUGUGGUGUUCUCAUUGCUGCAUCUAUACUGUUUCUUUGUUGCUUGAAGAGAUCCAAAAAUCGAAGUACCAACCAAGGAGAGUCACCUAAGGAUCGUGAGCUGCCGUCUUCUUCCAAACACUUGGUGAGUUCGCCAGGGAUAAUUGGAGAGUCCUUCACCUAUGAGCAGAUCGCCCAGGCAACCUCAGAUUUCAGGCGCAUGAAUCUUAUCAAGCAAGGGCAUUCGGGCAAUUUCUAUCUUGGGAUAUUAAAAAAGAAUGUUUCUGUGGUUGUGAAGAGGGUUGAUGUUCUCACGAUGAGGAGAGAGGCUUACCUUGUGGAAUUGGAUUUGUUUGCUAAGGAUUUAAAUGGGAAAUUGGUUCCUUUUAUUGGGCAUUGCUUGGAGAAAGAGAAUGAGAAGUUCUUGGUUUACAAGUUCAUGCCUCAUGGAGAUCUUUCUAUGGCAUUGCAUCGGCAGCCCAUGCUGGAAGAAGAUGGGCUGCAGUCACUGGAUUGGAUAACCAGAUUGAAGAUAGCCACCGGGGUGGCUGAGGCUCUCUGUUUUCUGCAUCAUGAGUGCAAUCCUCCGUUGGUUCAUAGAGAUAUUCAAUCAAGUAGUAUCCUUCUUGAUGACAAGUUUGAAGUGCGCCUUGGAAGUUUAAGUGACGUGUGUGCUCAGGAUGGGGACAAUCAUCCCAAUGUGAUUACCAGAAUAUUGAGGAGAUCACAGACACCAGAGCAGGGAACUUCUGGCUCCAGUGCAACAUGUGCCUUUGACAUAUACGGCUUAGGAAAGGUGAUGCUUGAGCUGAUCACAGGCAAGUUUGGCAUCAGCUCUUCUAAUGACCUGAUGGAUACCGAGUGGUUGGAUAGAACUCUACCUUACAUCAACAUCAAUGAGAAGGACCUGAUAUCGAAGAUCAUCGACCCGACACUCAUGGUCGAUGAUGAUCUUCUAGAAGAGGUAUGGGCAAUGGCAGUCAUGGCGCGUUGCUGCCUCAAUCCAAAACCUCACAAGCGCCCUCUUGCAAGACACCUCUUGAAGGCAUUACAUAAUCCUUUGAGAGUGGUGAGAGAUGAAAGUUUUUCGGGCUCCGGUCCGCUGAGGAGCAGUUCAUCACACAGCUCAUGGAUAGGAGCUUUCCUUGGUGGUUGGUUACACAGCUCGUCUGAAAUAUUGUCUGUCUCAGGACAGCUGGGGAGAGAUCAAAACAUAUUGCAGGCGGGUGGUGCAAGAUCUCAUGGGAGCUUGGAAGAUCACUCGUUCUCCCGUACCAGAGCUUCAAGGGAGGUAUUCCCUGAGCCAAAUGGGACUUCCACCGAAGUUGAUGAGUAGUGAAGAUAGGUUCCACCAUUUAUUUUGGAUUGAGAGAUUUUUUAGACCUUAGAGAUCUUUGCUCAUCUCCAAGGAACGGCAAAUUAUUAGAUGCAGAUAUUGGAUAGAGAGAAUCAUCCGGAUUUCUCUCUGUCUACAGUAAAAGCAUAGUCAAAGUGCAGUUGUUAUAGUAACUGUGUUUUGACUGCGCUUUUAUUAUAGACAGAGAGAAAUCCUGAUGAUUCUCUAUAUCAGGCAUCCGAACCUAAUAAUUUCUCCCAAGGAACAGCCUGGGGCCCGUGUGCUUGUCCAUGAUGCUUCAUGGAAUUUCAAGUAGAGAUAAAGAUGGUCGUGGCCUAUGCUUGUGCUGUAUAAACCGCUUGAAAUUUGGCUACUGCAGGCUGGCUGCUGAAGAAGCACACUGGACCUCCAGUUUUGAAAAAUUGUAAUGUUAUUUUGUAAUUUCAUUUUUCUCCUAUUGUUUGUCGAGUGUCCCAAAAUGUACAAUUGUUAAUUCCUCUUUUAUAAAUUUUCAGUAAUGAGCAGCAAGAAAUAAAAUGAAAUGAAUAAAAGGAAGAGAAGAAUGAGAAGCUAAAUUGCUUGUUUGGUUACUGCAGAAA